CAGCCAGCCCUCCUGGAACAAGGUAGAUUCUUUGCUGUUGGACACAAUCUGGAGAGAACCGCCCUGCCUGCAUCCCCAUGGGAAUGAUGAUUCGGGGGACAUAUGUUCUGGAGUGGGGCAGAGUGAAGAGAACAUCCUUGAAGCAGCACCAUCAUCCACUGAGCACAACACUCCUGAAUCUGCUUCACCUAAUCUUUGGACAGAGACCCCCGCAAUGGGGCCUCUUUGGGCUGAGCAAACAUCAGUGUUUGCUCUGAGCCCUUCACAGCGACAGGCUCACAACCAAUGUGGGGGUGCUUUCCCUUGUGCUCAGCACCAUGAUGUACCCUUGAAAACUCCCAGUACACAGGAUUCCUCUACUCAUCAGCAAGGUGGACAUGCUCUCGGUCAACUCUCACAGCCAGGUGACCCAAAGAAGGUCAAUAAACAAAAGAAACGUCAUAUAUGUCCCGAAUGUGGAAAGGCUUUCCGAAACCUUUCAGACAUUAGAGUGCAUAUGAAUACUCAUACUGGAGAGAAGCCUUACAUAUGUAAGGAGUGUGGGAAGGCCUUCUCUCAGUCUUCAAACCUCAUUCGCCACUUCAUGAGUCACACUAGAGAGAAACCUCAUGUAUGUGAUGAUUGCGGGAAGGCCUUCAAAUUCUUCUCAGACCUUCGUAAACAUAGGAAAAGUCAUAGUGGAGAGAAACCUUAUGCAUGUGAGGAGUGUGGGAAGACCUUCACUGUUGCCUCAAGUCUUAUUAGACACUGGAAAAUACAUACUGGCGAAAAACCCUACAUCUGUAAGGAGUGUGGGAAAGCCUUCAGUCGAUUUUCAAGCCUUACAAUCCACCUGAAAAUUCAUACAGGAGAGAAACCGUAUUCAUGUGAGGAGUGUGGAAAGUCCUUCAAUCAGUCCUCAGCCCUUUAUAUGCACAAGAGAAUUCAUACAGGAGAGAGGCCUUAUUCAUGUCGGGAGUGUGGGAAGACCUUUGUUUCUUCCUCAACUCUUUCUAUGCACAAGAACAUUCAUACAGGAGAGAAGCCUUAUUCAUGUCAGGAGUGUGGAAAGGCCUUCAGUUCUUCCUCAACCCUUUCUAAGCACAAGAAUAUUCAUACAGGAGAGAGGCCUUAUUCAUGUCAGGAGUGUGGAAAGGCCUUCAGUUCUUCCUCAACCCUUUCUAAGCACAAGAAUAUUCAUACAGGAGAGAGGCCUUAUUCAUGUCAGGAGUGUGGGAAGGCUUUUGCUCAGUCCUCAGCCCUUUAUAUGCAUAAGAAAAUUCAUACAAGAGAGAGGACUUAUUCAUGUCAGAAGUGUGGGAAGGCCUUUACUUCUUCCUCAACCCUUUCUAAGCACAUGAAAAUUCAUAAAAGAGAGAGAGACCUUAUUCCUGUCAGGUAUGUGGGAAGGCCUUUCCUUCUUCCUCAAUCCUUUCUUUGCUCUUGACUAUUCAUAUAGGAG